UGCUCUGCCCGGUGGUGGCGGUGGCGGUGGCGGUUGAUGGCGGGUGACGGGCCGGCCUGGCCGCGGAUCCUUCUCUUCGGUGACUCCAUCACUCAGGGUUCCUUUGAGAAUGGAGGAUGGGGUGCUGCAAUUGCAAACAGACUUGUUAGGAAGUGUGACGUGCUGAAUCGUGGUUUGUCAGGAUACAAUACAAAAUGGGCCCUAACUGUUCUGCCAAAGAUUAUUACUCGGCCUACUGACCAAGGGAUUAUUGCCGCUGUUGUUGUCUUUUUUGGAGCAAACGACUCUGCUUUGAAAGAUGUCAACCCAGCCCAGCACAUUCCUCUGCCUGAAUAUGCUGAAAAUCUGAAACAUAUAAUCCAGUACCUGAAAUCUAUCGGCAUUUGCGAAGAAAAGGUGAUCAUGAUAACACCGCCUCCGCUGGAUGUAUCGGCCUGGGAAAUGACAUGCAUUGCCAAGGGUAAUAAAUUGGACAGAUGUAAUUCCGUAACCAAGGAGUACACCCAGGUCUGUGUCAGGGUAGCAACAGAAUGUGGAACUGAUGUGCUUGAUCUCUGGACUUUGAUGCAAAGUGAGAAUCAGAAUUUUUCCUCCUACCUUUUGGAUGGGCUACAUUUAUCAGAGAAAGGGAGUUCGUUUCUGGAAACACAUUUGUGGCCUCUGCUUGAAAAGAGAACAGGAAAUCUGCCAAUGAUUUUCCCACACUGGAGCGAUAUAGAUCACCGAAACAGCCAAGCCAGUCUAUUGCUGUAAAUUCAACCAUGUUAGGAUUUGCUAUAUUCUUUUACAUUAAUCCGAUUUUUAAACAAAACAUGUUUAGGGGCUAGUCAAUAUGAUAGAGACCAAUUAUUUUUUUUACAUAUAGCCUUAGCCAUUAGUGCAAGGCUACACAACGUCAUACUAAGGAAUCAAUGUUACGAUGAAUUUGAAGGACAGAAUAUAACAUACAAUGAGGAAUAAGAGUGAAAGAUAGUGAUCCUAGCCAAAACCAUAUUCUGUGGAAAGGUAAAGUAAUUCCUAUAACUGGAAUGGGUGUCUGCAGAGGUAUAAAAAAAGGUUCCAAUGACCAUACUGAUGAAAACCCAAAACAGCAAGAAAUAACAUUAAGAAAAUAUUUAUUUAUUUUCUGCUAGAAAUAUGUAAGCACCAGCUUCCUUUACUCCGGGCAUCAUGUUUCCCAAUGAUUCUACUCAUAGUACCCAGUAUAGAAAGUAUGUCAGGUGUUCCCGUUGUAAAGUGGUCACUAGUGACUUGGUUCAUUUGUCCUUUAAAAACUUUCAUUCUUUAUCUUAAAAUAUUCAUAAUGUUGAGAUUUGCAAAAUCUUCAAAAUAAACUGAUGCUAAUUUAAUAAGAUCAGAAAAGACUUUUGUAUUCUUGUGAUCUACAUGCACUGUUUUAAACGUUGUCAAAGAAAAUACUGCUGCAAGUCUUCAGUAUUGUGGUUCAUAUUACAAUUCAAAUAAACUUUUACAUUUUUGAUAUCAAA